AUGACUGCCAUGACUGCCGAAUUGCCAACAGCUGUCCACGCAACGGAUACAGGAAUCAAAAUUCCAGAAAAUUUUGCAAUUGGUGCUGGGGUUUCUGCUUAUCAAGUUGAAGGAGCUUGGAAUGUUGACGAUAAAGGUGAAAGUAAUUAUGACAGACGUUUUGCAAAUAAUACACAAAAUGGAACUGUAGCAUGUGAUUUCUAUCACAAAUAUAAAGAAGACAUUCAAAUUGCAAAAGAUAUUGGUUUGAAACACUUCCGAAUAUCAUUGAGCUGGACACGAAUUUUGCGGACUGGACGUCUUCACCAUAUUAGCAAAGCUGGAAUACAGUUUUAUCAUAAUGUUAUUGAUGAAAUACGAGCAAAUGGAAUGGAACCGAUCGUAACAAUUUAUCACUGGGACCAUCCUCUUUUCUUUGAUCAAUUUGACUCUUGGUUGGAUGAACAAAUGAUCAAUUUUUUUGCGGAUUAUGCAAGAGUCGUUUUUCAAAACUUUGGUCCAAAAGUAAAAUUUUGGACAACAAUUAAUGAGCCAAAUUUAUAUUGCUCUCGUAUUUUAAGAAGUAGAGUCAAUGCUUCAGAAGAAAGAAAGUUUAGAUGUGGAUAUACAAUGUUAAAGGCACAUGCAAAAGUUUACCACUUGUAUGAUGAAGAAUUUCGAGCUUCUCAACAUGGUAAAAUUGGUAUUUCCAAUGCUUGUCAACCUGCUAUUCCUGCAGAUUUGCAGAGUCGAUCGUGUAGAUUUACUGCGUUUGAUGAUGAAUGUGGAUGGGCAUUGAAUCCAAUAUUUUCUGAGAAAGGAGAUUGGCCUGAAUCUAUAAAAUCACUUUAUUAUGGAAAUAGGAAGUUGCCAUCUUUUACACCUGAAGAAAUUAAAUACAUCAGAAAUACUUCUGAUUACUUGGGUCUCACCUACUAUACAGCGGAUUUAUGUCAAAACGUACCAAAUUACAACUGGAGAACAAAUAGGAGUCUUCAAAUGUCGAAAUUCAAAAACAGAACAUGGGAGCAAGAAGAUGGUUCAUUUGUUUACACUGCUCCAGAAGGAUUGAGGUUACUUUUGAAUACAAUCAAAAAAGAGUACAAUAAUCCAUUGGUGUAUAUUUUGGAAAAUGGAUGUCCAAACAAUCAGGGGUUAAAUGAUGUUAGAAAAAUAAAUUAUUUGUAUUCACAUAUGAAAGAAGCAAUCUUGGCUCGAGAAGUUGAUGGAUGUAACGUUGAAAAAUAUAUGGUUUGGAGUUUUCUGGAUAGUUUUGAAUGGCGAAAUGGAUUUAGCAAAAAGUGGGGAUUAGUCCAGGUAGAUUUUAACAGCGCAAAUCUCACAAGAACACCACGACUUUCAGCAAAGUGGUUGAAGAAAGUCAUAACAGAUCGUGAAUUAAUAGAAUAUCAUGAUGAAAUGGAGCUUUGA